AUGCCAGGUCUUCCGUCAACUGUCGACCUCGAUGAGUGCAUAUCACGGCUGUCCAAGAAGGAGCUCUUAGCCGAGUCGGUCAUCGAGGCAAUAUGCGCAAAGACGAAGGAGCUGCUAAUGAAGGAGAGCAAUGUGGUACACAUCCGCGCGCCCGUCACGGUGGUGGGUGACAUCCACGGGCAGUUUUUCGACCUGAUGGAGAUAUUCAAGAUCGGCGGGCCGUGUCCAGACACGAAUUACCUGUUCCUAGGCGACUACGUAGACCGCGGCCUCUUCAGCGUCGAAACAAUCUCCCUCCUCGUCUGCCUCAAGCUGCGCUACCCCCACCGCAUCCACCUCAUCCGCGGCAACCACGAGUCCCGCGGCGUCACACAGUCCUAUGGCUUCUACACCGAGUGCUCGCGCAAAUACGGCAAUGCAAACGUCUGGCACUACUUCACCGACAUGUUCGACUUCCUGACUCUGUCCGUAGUGAUUGACGACCAGAUAUUCUGUGUGCACGGCGGCCUGUCGCCCUCGAUACAUUCGAUCGACCAGAUCAAGAUCAUCGACCGCUUCCGCGAGAUCCCACACGAGGGCCCGAUGGCCGAUUUGGUCUGGAGCGACCCCGACUCCGAGCGCGACGAGUUCUCGCUGAGCCCGCGGGGCGCGGGGUACACAUUCGGCGCGCAGGUGGUGAAGAAGUUCCUCGAGGUCAACGCCAUGUCGCACAUAUUACGGGCGCAUCAGCUGUGCCAGGAAGGGUACCAGAUAUUAUACGACGACCGGCUGAGCACAGUGUGGAGUGCACCGAACUAUUGUUACAGAUGUGGGAACAUGGCGAGUGUAUUGGAGGUUAGCGACAAGGGGGGAAGAUUCUUUAAUGUGUUUGACGCAGCGCCUGAAAACGAUGCACACCGAGCCGAACAGCAGCAACAGCAAGGAAAAGAAGUGACGACGGAGUACUUCCUCUGAUGCUCAAGCGACGGGUUCCUAAGUAGCGUUGGGCAUUUAUCGAGCUGAAGGUAGCGUGGGAGUGUCAAUGCGACAUGCAUUAGAGGCGUUGAGGAGUUGCACGCGUCAUUUGUAUCGCGGGGACAAUACCAUUGUGCAUAAUAUGCGUUGUUGGCAUAGAGGUGGUGUUUCGUUAUAUGUACAUGCUGUGCUAUUCAACAUCCUAAAUACCUCGUUUCCACCCAUCUGCUCUCCAAAUCGUCGCUCAUUCGUCCUAUCACAACCUUAACCUCGGG